AUGGCCGAUUCCCUACCCCUGGACACGGCGACAUUGGCCGGGUUGUUCUCGAGCUCAAUACUCUAUGGAAUUUUCGUCGUUCUACUCAUCGCGGCACUCUAUAUCCUGCUCUACAAACGGAAGACAAGGGAGCCAAAUUAUAUCUUGAUCGUCGCAGCAUUGGCCAUGUUUCUCGUCAACACAACCGUGCUGGGUAUCUCCUUCUCCCGCACAGACGACGCCUUCAUCACACUCCGGGAUGCGCCCGGCGGUCCUUUGGCUGAUCUGCAAGAUCUAGCGCAGUGGAAGGAGGUGACGAGGACUGCUCUGACAUGCACAUACUUUAUGCUCGCCGAUGCUGUCUUGAUCUAUCGCUGCUACAUCGUAUGGGGAAACAAUCUCUGGGUCAUUAUCCUCCCAAUGAUUCUAUUCAUCGCAAGCGCUACUGUUGACAUAUUUAUGGUCGUAACGAUGGCGAACCUUCACUCGGGCGAUUCGAUCUUCGUGACAGCACUCCACGACUGGAUCGAAGCAGUGAUCAGCCUCACCCUGGCACAAAACACAGCGCCGUCCGCAGCUGGGAGUUUGAGACCGGUGAUGUCGAUCAUCCUUGAGAGCGGUGUUAUGUAUGCUGCGAGCCUGUUCAUCUUCCUGAUGACCUACGUGUCGGGCUCGAACUCUCAGUAUAUACUGGUGGACUGCAUCAACCCUAUGAUUGGCAUUACCUUCACCCUCCUGAUCGUCCGGAUCGGCCUCGGGAUAAAUCAUGAGCCUUCCUCGCACUUCCGCUCGCACAGAUCACAAAACACGCAAAUCCAGCCCAUCUCUAUCGCGGUCUCCCGACACUAUCAUACCGACGCGCCCGGGGGCGUGCUCGGUGCGGAAGGGACGGAGGACUCGGAGUGGGAGAUGGAGAAUGUUGAUGGGAAGCUUGGAGCUGAAGAGAUUGGGAAGAGCCCAAGCGCCAGGGUGAGUAGGACGAGUUUCAGACUUGACGUUGUUGGCAGCGCGGUAUAG